UAAAUUGCGGCGGUUAGUUGGUACUUCCGGUAAAUUUAUGUGCAAAUUUCGACGAUUAAACUUGAAAUAACACCAUGCCACCUCGGAGAGCACCUAAAAGAUUGGCAUCAGCGGUGAAAAAAGAUGCAGUAGAAAAGUCAAAGCCAGUGGCCAAAAAAGCUAAAGUGGCACCAAAAAAGAAACCUGCCCCCAAGAAGGCCAAAAUGUCUGAAGCAAAGAAAGUAAAGCCUAAGGUUAAAGCUGUCGCAGCAGCAGGAGACGGCCCAACUGAUUGCACCCCCAUUGACCUUCUCUCUCUUCUGACGGAGAAAACCUGGAAAGAUGCUCUUGCUGAUGAAUUCAAGAAGCCAUACUUCAAGGAGCUAGAGAAGAAGCUAUCUGCUGAGUAUGCGGCUGGGAAACAGAUCUUCCCUCCACGAAAUCUCAUAUUCACUGCCUACAAUUUGACACCUUUGAAUGAAAUUAAGGUUGUCAUACUUGGCCAAGAUCCAUAUCAUGAUGACAGACAAGCUCAUGGUCUCGCCUUCUCUGUCCCGCAUGGCAUCCAUCCCUUACCACCAUCAUUGAAGAACAUGUUUACGGAAUUGGAAAAUGACGAGGACAUUGUUGGUUUCCACACGCCACCACAUGGUUGUCUCACAGCCUGGACAGAAGAAGGCGUGUUUCUUUUGAAUGCUUCACUUACUGUUGAGGCGCACAAACCUAACUCGCACAGUAAGUUUGGUUGGCAGCAAUUUACUGACGCAACAAUUAAAGCGAUCAGCGACAACACACGCCAUGUCAUCUUCCUCUUGCUUGGAAACUUUGCACAGAAGAAAAGAGACCUCAUCGACCCUGGCAAGCACUACAUCGUCGAGGCGGCUCACCCGUCGCCCCUUUCCAUCGCCAAAUUCAAGAAUUGUCACUGCUUCUCCCAGGUGAACAAGGCCUUGAAGGUUUACAGCCGUGAACCUGUAGACUGGACUCUUGAGCAUAUUCUCGAUUAAGCUUUACAAAAUUGUGUAUGAGUAUUAUCUGACAAGGGGGAGGGUGAGACUGGUCAAUUUGCUUUUCAAGAUAACUUCAUGAAAAUCUCUAAAAAAGACAAAGGUGCAAUAUUUAGCUCUCCAAUUUUGCUUCACAGGUAUCACUUGAUACAUGUAUUCUGAUUUGACUAUGCACAAAGUUUACACAAUGGUUUUCGAAGUGAUUUUAGCCAAAAUUCUGUGUAAUGUAAUGAAAAGGUUAGAUGACACUAGCAGAGCAGUGGAGAGAGCCAAGUAAUGGCAAGAUCUAGAAACUUCACAGGACGAUGACUUUUCUAAAUUUUGCAUUGUCCUCACCAAAGUUACCGUAUAUGACACAAUCUCUAGUCUCACCCCUUGUCGUAGUGAAUAUAUCAUCGGGUACUUAGUCGUCAGAUUUGACAAGUAUGAUGUUUCCUGAAAAUACUGUAAAAAUUAAAAUACCUUGUAAACACCCAUCAUGCCUAUCAGUUGAAAAUCAUUUUAAAAAGGUUGCGAAUAUCAUUGGAGAAUGGGGCUGUUGUAAAAAAAUUCAUAAUGUACUUUCAUAAAAACUUAUGUACAUUACAGUUGAAUGAUAUAACGUAUUCUGGCAGAGAUUGGUGUUCACUAAGGUUUUCACAAUUUCACAAGAUAAGUGUAUAACGUGCAAAGAAAACCAAUUAUUUUUUUACCAACUCGUUUUACACUUGUGUAUUUGUCUCCAUGCUGCCCGAUCUGCAAUGUACAGUUGUUAUGAACUUGAAGUAAGGCAGCUUUGUGUAAAAUUUAAAAUUCGGUGCAAGUGAUCAGGUUCUUGUGACUUGAUCUAAUAGGAAUGCUGAGCUAGUGCUGCGUCUGUUGAUUUCUGCACUUAAAAAAUCAGGUAGAGUGUUGUUACUGUUAGUGUUUUAGAAAAUUGUGUGUGACACUUAUUAAACACCUACUGUUAUAAUCAUGUCCGUCGGAAAAAAUAAUGUGUUUUUUUAUGAGAUAUUCGUUAUCGAGCACGGAUCCUGGCAGUCCAAAAGGGUGAUGGGAAGUCAAAAGCAGUGUAAAUCUUCUGAAAUAUAAGGUUCAGGAGACAUACUGCACCUGGAUCUGUAAGGACACUUUACUGUAUGAUCUACAUGAUUACACUGCACAUGAUGUACUGUACAUGUAUGCAAUAUUCUGUCCAUUCUUUGUAUAAUUUCAGCAGCUCCUGCUCUAAGUUAGUAUGGUUUGAUUUAAAAUGAUGUUUUUGUCGGAUGUUUUAUCUUUGUUUCGUUCUCUCUUAAAGUGUAUUUCGUUCAAAAGUAAACAUGUGCUGAAGUGCUGGGCUCUGCACUAAAAAAUACAACUGUGCCAUUUCUUUUAUCAGACCUGCUUGUAAAGUGCUGAAUGCCAUUGUUUUGUUAUGGGGAAUCAAGUAUUGAAUUAAAGGGGGAAUAUAGAUAUAUGAUUGAGUAUGUUUUCAAUAAAAUCUUUGAUUAAGACAUUAAUGAGAUGCUUUAUUACUGGUAUUUAGCAAUCCAAUUCAAAAUGGAUUUCCAAUGUAUAUAUAUACCGUAAGUCAGUUUCAUCCAAUCCAUGAAGGGUUCUGUAUUGUGUUGAACGGUAACGACGACAAACACCUUAUGACAAUUAAUUCCCUCAUUCUAAACAUUGCUAUUUGCUAAAAUUUAUCACAUGAUUACCAGACGAUAUUGGCUCCCUACGCCAUUGCUAUCCUUGUUGUAUACCUACAUGUAUAUUCUCUCCUUCCCUUUGUGGAGUUGAUGCUUUGUGCCUGUACAUGUAGCUUGGGCAUAUCAGCUCUCCUCAUACUUGUGUUGCCAUCAUUUGGGUACCGUAUUAGAAAGUUAGUGUUAGAUGACUAUCGUCAAAAGUGAAUCUGUAUUUUCAUCUUUUUUUUAGAAAAACGGGAAAUAAAAUGUACCGGUAUUUGGGAA